AUGAAUCCCGCGAGCCGCAUCCCCUCCCUCAUCUUCCAUCUGCAAAAACACUGUACGCCCUCUGUCCUCAUCUUAUCCGCCACGCCCUUGUCGCGCUUCCACUCCGUCCCGGCCUCCAAACUCCGUCUUCGCCGCCGCCCUGUCCGAGACGGGCCUCUCAAGGACGACGCGGGCCACAUUGUUAUCGUCAAGAUGGCGGACGAGAAGGAUACGCUGCAGCUAGGGGGCGACAUUUCAUGGGAUAUUCCAGAGGCCCCGUGGACAACCGCCCGUCCGUCCAAGCGAGAUCCCGCACGUUUCCUGCCGCAGGCCAUCGCGCAUAGAGGUUACAAGGCGUUGUGGCCGGAGAACACCAUGGGCGCCUUCAAGGGCGCCGUCGAGGUUGGCGCACACGCGAUCGAGACGGACGUGCAUUUGUCCAGGGACGGCGUAGCCGUGCUGUCGCAUGACGCAUCCCUCACGCGGUGCUUCGGGAUAGACAAGAAGCUAGCCGACUGCGACUGGGAAUACCUGUCCACCGUAGAAACGCUCCGCGAGCCGAAGCAGGGCCUGCCCCGGCUCCAAGACCUGCUAGAAUGGCUCGUCGAAGCCGACAAGCUACAAGGCGACGAGCACAGCCAUCGGCCCUGGGUCCUGCUCGACAUCAAGCUCGACGACGACGCCAAAGACCUCGUAAACGCCAUCAGCAGCGCCAUAGCCCAAGUCCCCGCCUCAACACCAUGGCAGGGCCGCAUCGUCCUCGGAUGCUGGAACGCCUCUGUGCUCAAAGCCUCGCGCAGAACCCUGCCGGACUACCCCGUCGCCCACAUCGGCUUCUCGCUCUCCUACGCGCGGCACUUCCUGCCCAUCCCCAACAUGGGCUUCAACAUGGCCUUCCACACGCUCGUGCGCCCCUACCAGGGCCGGCGGUUCAUGCGAGACGUGCGCGCCGCCCGCCGCCCGCUGUACGCCUGGACCGUCAACCACCCGCGCUGGAUGCGGUGGUGCCUCGAGCGCAACGUGCGUAGUGGCGGCGGCAGCGUCGUGGACGGCGUCGUGACGGACGACCCUAGGCUGUACCUCGACGUGUGCCGGCGGUACGAGGACGACGUGGACGCCGGUGCGCCGGGGCGCGACGACCGCGGCUCCCUCGGACAGACGGUCGGGCUGGCCGUGGACAUUGUCAAGAGGCACGUCCUCGCCAAGCUGUUCUUUUGGUAUAGGAGGCAUGUGCAGGGCAAGUUGGAUGACUUGGAUGGCAAGACGAAGCGGCAGAUAAAGAGGGACUAG